AUGGGGAGGCUAGUACAGAGGUAACAUCUAAAUAUUAUGAUCAAUAAAUUAUAUGAAUUUCUUCUGACAAAGAUACUGUACAGAUCUGUGUUGCUGUUUGCCCACUCUGUUGAAUACUUACUUUAGGAACUUGGUUGUAUGACGUUCUCCAUCCCUGCUCAUUCUCCUAUCUUGGUUUGGCUGGUCUUGUCCUCCAGACCUCCUGUUAUGCCCCUGGGGCUCUGGCCAGUUUCAAGGCAUCAGGCCUGUCCUCCAGUAGCUAUGAGCAGAGCCAGUACAUCAACGGUGCUGAACAGAUUGAUCCUGCCCCACAACCCACCUGGAGCACAGCAGACACAGGUAAGCCUUGAGUUACCUGUCAUCUCCACCCAGAUACUGUAGGUCUGUCUCUUAGAAACAGGGGCCACAUAAUGUUAUACACUUACUUAGCUGUAGGGUUGUAUACCACUAAAAACAAAAUAGCACAAUGAGGCUAACUGGUCAUCCUCAAGUCUAAUGAACACUCAUGACAGCACUAUGAAUAUCCCCCAUGAAGGUGAUAAUAUGAAUUAUGAUAAUACUGCAUGUUCUCUCCUUAGAGCAUGCAGCAGUUCCCGAGGCAACUGCCCCUCUGACAUACUCUUUACCUCAUGCUCUAGUCAGCUUUGGUCCAGCAGGACAGUUGAUCCGGGUCAGUCCAGGUCUGGCCAUGCAGGGAGCAGGAAAGAAUCAGUAUGGAGUAGGAUAUAUCUAUGGGGCAGAAUUGUUGUGGUGAAUUAGCAGGUUAUAGGAAGAAGUCGCAAUCAUUAUAGUGAAUACAGUAGGCAUCAAGGACGGGCUAAUUCAUUGGCCGAUUAGUUUGGUUUGGAGGAACUAUUGAGCUGUUCUAAUCAAUAUUGAGCCGCGUGUUAGAAGUUGCUGUUGUUGUGUUACUGAGAGGCUGUCUGUCUGUUCUGUCUGUAGAUAAUUCUGGGGGAAACACAGGAGCUGCGGGACAUUUUUUCCUGGCCCGCUGGCAAGGUAUUUUACACUCUCAAACCCAAUAUCCACACUUGCAUACUACUUUGUAUGUGAUGAUGUAUUGGCCAUGUAUGCAAAGUAGAAAACAAUGACCAAAUAACUACUCGCAACAAUUUUUUGGUUGUUUCCCCACAACUCACAAAACUGUUCUAGAGACACUAAAAACAGGCACCUAAACUGCAUGGAAAAAAUGACGGUUUACUGUCAUAAUUGUGUCAGUAGCUAGGUUUCUAUCCAAUUGGCGACAGGUUUUCAUGCAAAUAUUCUAAAAUCCGCAUAAAGAAAAUAUUAGCAUUUUCCCACCAGUGGUGUCUUUCCACUGACUUGUUGCGGUUAUUUAAGUCAGUGCGUGAUGACGUAUUGUACAGAAAAUGUACUUUUUCGCUUACGUUUUCAUGUACCGAAUAAACAUCUAAAGUUCAAAGUGUUACGAUCGCAUUUUCAACUCUACCAAUAGUUUAAUCACAAAAACUGUUGUGUUAAAUAGCAAAUGUGCCUACUCUGGUCUUUGCACGUGUGAUCUAGACAACAGCUCGCAGAUACAGUGCGCGUAGGCUAGUCUACAUGACAUUAUUAUGGAUAAGAGCAAGAUUAUUUUUCAAACGGCAGUCAAAUAUCAAUCAUCAUGUCACCAGAAUAAGAUCCUUGUUGGUGAAACCAUAAUAAGGAGAGGAAGUACAAAACCAACGACGCUAGACAGAGAGGAAUAUGCUUAAGCAAAAGGCAGUUUAUUAAACACAGAGAUAGCUGGUACUGCUCAAGCUACAUGCAUGGGCCCAAUGCAUGGACCCAAUCAAUUGCCUCUUAUGGAGACAGUUGAGAAGGAUGGAUAAAACAGAGUUACAGCAUUAUUUUAUACAAUGUAACAUAUAGGAAGGGGUCCUUCUUCUAGUCCCUUGAUUGGUUCCCGAGGCGUAGGAGGCGGGUCUGCUCUGUCCAGAGUAGAAGCCCCAUUUGUGCACGGCAGAGUCCUCUGCCCUUGGCACCCGACCAGUAGAAAGAAGUGGAGUUUGUGUGUGUGCGUCCACAGAGCAAAGAACUCGUGAGGCAUGAGAAUGAGUGUGCGUCCAUAUUGAGAUGUGUGUGUGAGUGUGUGUAUGUCUCAAGGGAAACUCGUGGGGAGCAAUCAGUGAUUGUGGCCUGUGGCGUGGGUGUUGUCCUUGACAAGAUAUGGUCCUCUGUCCAUUGUUCUUGCAUAGGAACAGCAUUGAUUGAAAACAAGCUCCUAACACAAAAUGGGUCUUGCACAGCUUUUUAGUCAGACCAAGCUAUAACAUUUUAUAUUUACUACGACACCCUCGAUAUCUAUUGGAAAAGAGAUCACUGUGUACUUUCACCACCAUUUAUUUAAUCUGUAGCCUAAUAAACUGUAUGGUUUCCCGAGUCAUAGUGGGAGGACCACACACAAUAUCCUUACGUGACUCCCAAGUUUACUUCAAUAUGAUGGUUAUUAUAUUAAUAUUCCACCACCAUUUCUCGUAUAAUUAAUAUUACAGACACAAAACGAUCUCACCAUGUCGACUCAAAAAUGAUCUGUCGGCAUUUAUAAAAUUGUACCUAAACUACCUGUUUCCAUCACAGCUGUCGUGAUUUUUUUUAUACGGUAUGACUUUCCUCACAUAAAAACUGUGGAUGGAAGCGUGGUUUAUGAAUCUUAUGUGUGUAUUACUUUUUGAGUUUUUUUCUCCUCCUUUAAAGGGAAGACCUGCACAAAGUAGAUGUCAUGUCUUUUGCCCACCAGAGGGCAGAAGCCUGCAUGAAAGAUGAAAAGCUUCAAGACAAGGGCUCUAGUCUGCCGGCCUCCUUUGGAAUGUACUGGUACUGCUGUGCAGACAAAAUGGAGUAGGUGUACAUCUCUUCACACUCUUAUAUUAAGUGAAACCCCUUUGUCUUAGCACUCUUAAAAUAUCACAAAUUUGCCAAGAUGGUCCAAAACUACACGCAACAAUCAUCUAUUGCUAUCCCAGUCUUUCCUUUUUAAUGGAUUCUGUGGCAUUUGGAUAAUCAGCAUUAUAUGUGAAGGGCUGUGCCCACCCACCCACAUACACAUUUUUUUAUUUAACCUUUAUUUAACCAUACUCAUUCAAACAUUAUCCUAUUGUUUUAUCUCCCUGAAUUCAUUCAGCGUAACUUUGGUUCAGACAUAGCAGAGCUACUGAUGAGGAACUCUCAGGGCCAUGGUGGUUCAGGGGGCAGUGAAGGAUCAGAGGCCCCUACCCUAAUAGGUAGAGGACACCACACCACACAUACUGUUUUGUAUCUAUUGGACAUGUUACGCUGAGGAAAAAGCAAAUGAUGAAAAGGUUUCAAUUUUUAUAUUACCCUCAUAGAUCUGAUUGAGGGCCCCAGUCCUGAGACAGACCCCAUGGAUGGCGCAGACUUGCUAACAGGGACAGCCGCUAGUGUCUGUAUGGCUGAGUCCACAGAGAAGGACAUGCAGGGAUACACCAAGCUUCUCCUGGCUGGACGGAAGAAGGUGAGGAUAAUCUCUCUGUCUCUGUCUCAGUGUCUCUCUCUCUUACGGUCUCGGUCCCUGUCUCAGUCUGUCUCAGUGUCUGUCUGUGUCUCUGUCUCUCUUUUUCGGUCUCGCUCCUCACUGUUCCCCUCUCUAUUUAUAAUAUAAUAUCAUAAAUAUUUUGUAAGAUUAAUGGUAAAGUCAUCUUCUAUUUAUUCUGAGAGUAAUAGAUAGUGUAUGACUAUGAUUAACACCAUGGAGACAGCCUAGUUGACACAUUACUGUCUGACUAAUGUAACACCAGGGCUAUCCUCUUACUCCUCCAACACUGACUCCUGACACUGUGUUCUUCUACAACCCUUCCACGUCACCUCCAUGUUCUUUCACACCUCCUUCACCCCUGCCCCAUGCCUCCCUCAUAACUCCCCCACGCCUCAUGUCUCCUCCAGAUGUCUCAUGUCUCCUCCAGAUACUUUAGGCUUACAGAAUCCCAUCUGCUAGCUCCCCCACAUCUCCCUUACACCUCCCCCAUGCCUCUCCACGCCUCCCCCACGGUUCCUUCACCCCUCACCACACCUUCCCCAAACAUUUGCAUGGUUCCUUCACGCCACGCCAUGCCUCCCACCAUGGUUCCUCCACAUCUCUUUUAUGGUUCUUUCACAGGAGGCCCUAGAGUUGGCCAUGAAGAGUGGACUGUGGGGCCACGCCCUGUUCCUGGCCAGCAAGAUGGAAAACAGGUCCUAUACCACUGUGUUGAACAGGUGA